CGUAAGUCGCGAUCGCGAAUUAUAUGCACAGCCAACUCGGAAAAAAAUUAACUGACCGAAAUAUUUUAGGAUCAUGGGUGGCGUAGUGAACGGUGUUUUUGUUGUUUUGUUGGUUAUUAAUUCCUGUUCCCCCACCACCACCGAACUCCGCGAACAAAUCAGAAGCGGAGAAUUCCGAAGGGCGUGUUCAACAUCUGUCAACAUUGUCCAACCCCCAAACCGAGUCAACACCACUCAAAAACUAGCAGAUUUACGAAAUUUGAUGCUUAAUACAAGCUUCACACGUGAUCAACGCCUACUAGAUGCAUACAUCGUACCAUCGCAAGAUGAACAUCAAAACGAAUUCGUGGAAGAUUAUGAUAAACGUCUCCAAUUCAUUUCGGGUUUUUCGGGAAGUUACGGUUACGCGGUUAUAACCGCAAAAUCGGCCAUUUUGUGGACCGAUGGGCGGUACCAUUUGCAAGCCGAUAACGAAACUGACUGUAAUUGGAAGCUGAUGCGUCAACACAUUUACUACGUUCCAAAUAUCAGCCAAUGGUUGCGCGAGUCACGCCCCCAAGGCGGGGUUAUAGGGGCCGAUCCGAAACUCUUCAGCCAAUCGAAAUGGGAGGAGUUCUCCGUGUCGCUAAGAGACGUCAAAUGGGAAUUAAUUGAGAUUCAAACCGAUUUGAUUGACGUGAUUUGGACCAAUCGGCCGGCAAGACGCAAUAAAAACGCCUUUAUUUUAGACGAAAAAUACACAGGACGUAAAUGGACGAGAAAAAUCCACAAUUUGCGUAAAACCGUUCAGAAAUUACAAGCCGACGCCAUUGUUGUGACGUCACUGGACGAAAUUGGUUGGUUGUUGAAUAUCAGGGGGCGGGACAUACCGUCCAGCCCCCUUGUACGUAGUUACCUCCUACUCGACAUGGAGAGGGUGUGGCUUUAUGUCAAUCAGAGCCAACUCGAAGCCAAUCACGUCGCAGAAUCUUUGACCAACUCGGCCAAAGAAGCCAAUCAGUUGAUAGAAUUCUUUGAUUACGAGCAGAUUUGUACGGGAUUGGCAUCACGUGCACAACUCUACUCGAGGAUCCUUCUCCCACCCGAAUCAACAAGUAGGCGGAUCGCACAGUGUGUCCCGCCCCGGAAACGCCUCUUUGUCCAAUCACCAAUCAUUUUGUUCAAAGCGAGAAAAAACCCAAUCGAAAUCAAGGGGAUGCACCACGCCCAUGUGCGAGACGCCGCCUCCAUGUGCGAGUUCUUCGCCUACUUGGACAAAAUGUUUAAGGAAGGUUUACCUUUUACAGAAUUGGAUAUUGUCAAAGUGGUCGAUGAGUUCCGGUUUGAACAAUUGAACAGUCUUGGGAACAGUUUUCCGACCAUAGCCGCCUAUGGGGCAAAUGGGGCCAUGCCCCAUUAUGUCCCAAUGGGCAGUACCAACGUCAUGGUCGGGAAUGACAGUACCCUAGUUUUGGACUCGGGUGGGCAGUACUUCGAUGGUACCACUGACAUCACCCGUACAGUGCAUUUCGGUACGCCCACCAAGGAACAAAAAGAGGCGUAUACAAGAGUUCUGAUUGGUCAAAUCCAACUGUCAAUGUUGACAUUCCCCGCCUACUUGAAAACAUCAGCCAUUGACGUGAUGGCACGAGCACCAUUGUGGGAAGUGGGGCUGGACUACGACCAUGGGACGAGUCAUGGGGUGGGGUCAUUUCUCAACGUCCAUGAAGCACCAAUUUCGCUACAUUUUAAUAACCCAUCAUCGACAUUCCCCGAAAAUGACAUUCUCAAACCUGGGUACUUCCUCUCCAAUGAACCUGGGUACUACCAAGAAAACGACUUUGGGAUCAGACUAGAGAACGUAAUGGAAGUAAUUGACAAGAAAUGGUUAAGGAGUAUACAUGGUACCAGUUAUUUGGGGUUCAAAACUGUCACUUUGGUACCAUACGAACCCAAAUUAAUUGACUUGAGUCUACUCUCGCGACACCAGAUCCAAUGGCUGAACCAAUACAAUGACAGAAUACGAAUCCAUGUGGGGGCGGAGCUUAAAAAACAGAAUUUUACCAAAGGGUUCUUCUGGAUGAUGGAACAAACAAAGCAUUUUCCGGAAAAUGGCAACAAGUACCAUAAAAUUCACCCAAUUGUCGUGAUUUUAGCCGCCAUUUUGAUAAGUUGGAUGUGACAACAAGAUGGCCGCCAAAUUUUUUUUCAUUGUUUAUUCGUAAAUGUUGUAAUGUUAUGUUAAACAAAUGACAAUUAUACGAUUUUGAUCAUUUAUUCACAAUAAAAGUCAGGUUGAGGGAAAAWUUUUUGUUACAGUAUUU